AUGGAAGUCGACACCCUUCCCUGGAAUCUUGACAGAGUUGAAUCUUUGAUCUCCUCACUCUAUGAGCCUGGGAAGCCCAAUGCCGUCGCCGAGGCGCAAGCUCUACUAUCCAACUUCCAAUCUUCUCCUCAGGCAUGGAUUCUGGCGCAUGAGCUUCUUAGGCGACCGGGAGAGAAGGGAAAAUUCUUUGGCGCUCUCACCAUUAUCGUGAAGCUCAACACAGAGAGCUCAACACUUAGCGAAGAAAAUGCACGAGAACUACUCGAACAUCUCAUUGGAUGGUAUCGUGAUUCUUUUGAGCAUUAUUGCGGUCCCUUGGUGCCACGCAAACUGUCAUCAGCCCUAGCAACUUUCUUCAUCCAUUUCCAUCAAUUAUGGCCAAGUUUCGUUCGCCACAUGAGCAUGUGCCUAGUCUCACGGAAGUAUCAUGAUCCUCUAUCUCUACAGUCCUCCGUAGAGAUAUCCGCUGUCUGGGGUGCGCUAGAUCCGGACAAACUACAAGCCAUCUUAUGGGUCGUCACGAGCAUCGUGGAGGAUGUCAUCAGGGUUGACUGGAAUACGGCGGAUAGGGUCCAACUUUACAACUCCGUUGUUCGGGAAGCCACCGAUGUAGCAGCUCUAUUGUUCAAAGGUUUAGCCGAGACCCAGUUGGCUGCAGUCAGCAACGAUAGUAUUAAGUGUCUUCAGUCAUGGAUCUCUUUUGCUCAGAGAAUAUCCUGUCGCGACAGUCACGUGGUGUCCCUACUGAGAAACCUGAUGCCUAGUGUUAUAGAGUCUCUUGUUCCUGAGGAUCGCUUCGGUGCUUCAGCUGAGCUACUUGUAGAUACCUUGUCUAAUUAUCCUGCCCUGCUAUCAGAUCAUCAUUUCAACCUCUUGGCAGCCCUGUUCGUGAGUUCUUGGGCAGAUGAACGUUACAACCGUCUCCUUCAAGGCGAUAUGGAAUUCGAAUCAGUUCAAUUUGGGCAGCUACUCCUGGCAUUUGGCGAAGAAAAAUGCCAGUGGCUAAUGCAAUCUGAAGACCCUCGAGGCAAGGUCUUGCUUUCCAGACUAUGCGGCUUGCUUGGCGCCGAUGGCUAUCCUGUUGCCGAAAACAGAGUAUUCGUGCCAGCGAUCGAAUUCUGGUCCACCUUCACCGAAGUCAUGUCAGAUCUUUUCUCCUUGGAUGAUCUCUCUGCCACACCCUGGGCGCAGGCGGCGUUAUUCCAGGUUCUCGAAGUCGUUUCAGUCGCAUGUCGCAAAAUCACUUACCCCCCAGCGGAAGAAUUCAGCCAGUGGGACUCUUCCGAUCGAGUUGGUUUCUCAGAUGCUCGAAAGGAUGUUAUUGACCUGCUACAGUCCGCAUUUAGUGUAUCAGGCUUUCAGCUGGUAGCCACAUUUUCCAGUCUUAUACUCACUGCAUUAAACGACUGCGCUUGGUUACAGCUAGAAACAGCUGCCUUCUGUCUUGCUGGCCUUGCGGACUGUGGCAAGGACGAUUCUGCUGGGCAAUCCGUCUAUGGCAGCCCCAGCAUCAAGAUCAAUUUCUCGACUAUGCUCCUCUUGUCGGCAUCACCUUCACUCAGAAGCGUACGGGUUCCUCGAUGA